AUGAAGAGUAAUGGAAGUGGAAGGAGUAUUUCCCAUAUAGUAACACACGAUGGGGCAUUCCAUUUGGAUGACGUACUGGCAUGCUUUAUUCUACGGGUAAUAUACCCAAAUGCAAAAAUAACCAGAACCAGAGACCCAGAGAAGAUUAAAACAGGAGACAUUGUAGUAGAUGUAGGGGCUGAAUUUAAUGAAAAGACGUUAAGGUACGAUCACCAUCAAAGGGGCUUCAAAGAGACAUAUAAUGAAUCAAAUAAUAUAAUAUUAAGUAGUGCAGGAUUAGUCUAUAAAUAUCACGGACUAGAAUUCAUUAAGAAAUUAGGCUUAGAUUUACCAAUUGACUUCAACUAUUCUAUGCUCAUGGAGAUACUCUAUGACACGUACUUUGUCUCAGUGGAUGCAAAUGAUAAUGGUGUUGAUAUAGCAGAUGAAGUAAAAUAUAAUGAAAGAUCGUUAGAUAAUGUGAUUAGAUCCUUUGUACCAUGUGAUAUACCAGAAGGAACUUCCUUUGAGAGGGCUAGUAUCAUGAGAUAUCAAGCAUUCGAGAGUGCAAUGGAGUAUAUUGGUCAGGAUCUAUUAAGACACUGCAAGAAUAUGAUAUUUCAAAUAAUAAAGAACAGCAGAGCCACACAGGAAUGCUUCAAUUCCAUGAAGGAUCCAUCUGCCAGGUACUUGGUCAUGGAGGGUGGUAAGUUCCCAGUACGUGAGAUACUUUAUUAUUAUAACGGUCUUUUACAAAGGAAUGUUUCAAUUGUGAUCUACCAAGUUUCAGGUAGAAAUUCAUACACCUAUAAGAUAAUAUGUCUCCCAAAGAAGGGAGUUAAAUAUACGCCAGAAAUACCGUUAUGUGAAGAAUGGCGUGGUAUAAGGGAUGAAGAACUCCAGAAAUAUCCUAAUAUGAUGGGUGCCAUGUUCGUGCAUGGGACAGGAUUCUGUGGGGAAGCAAAUAAUUUAAAAACUGCAAUUUACAUGGUAGAGAGAUCGAUUGAAGUGCACCUGAAUAGUAAAAUUGAAUAA